CGCACCGAGGGCUGAGACGAAGAUGCCGCCAGCAACGUGCUGAGGCGCUCCUCACUAUCAUCUUCCUCCCCGCGCCCCGCAUCUCUCUCUUCCUCCUCUCUCUCUCUCUCUCUCUCUCUCUCUUCUCGCCAUGGAGGCAUCUCUCGCCUCUCCUUCCGCCCUAAUGCCCACUCUCCUCCCCCGCUCCGAAGGGAAGAAGUCCUUUGAGCCCAACACCGAAGCCAUCAAGCAGAGGCUCCUCCGCAAGGGCGUCUUCCCCACUCCCAAGAUACUGCACGCCAUCCGCAAGAAGGAAAUCCAGAAAGCCCUCCGCCGAGACAAGAAAGAAGCUCUCAAGGACGAACCCCUGCCCCUCUCUGCGUCCCAGAGGCAGGCCCUGGAGGAGGAGGCCCACUUCCGCACCGUCUCCGCCGAGUACCGCGCCGUGAGGGAGGAGCUCCGACGGAGGAACGAGAAGGCGCUAGCGCUCGCCGGGAAGCCGUGGGAGAGGUCGGAUAAGGUCGAUUUGAGAGGGCUUAUGAGCUUGAAGGAGGAGUGUGGUGAGGGGAGGCUGAAAGGCGAGCACUUGGUGGAGCUGAGGGAGAUGCUCGCCGAGAGGAAUGGAGAGAGGUUCCGGUGGCUUCUGGAUGACGACGUGGAAGAGGUGGGAGGUGUCGUGGAUAAACGAGAGAUGAAGCAGGUUCCUUGGAAACAAAAUCUCGGAGAUGAAGAGAAGAUUCAGUUGCUCAUAAAAAGACUAAGCAGCACAGACCUUAAUUUGCACGACUGGAAGUUUUCAAGGUUGAUGAAGCAGUCGGGUUUAUUCUUUACUGAAAUGCAUUUGCUUAAAAUACUUGAAGGGCUUGGGGCUCUUGGAAAUUGGAGCCAAGCAUUGUCUGUUGUGGAAUGGGUCCAUAAUCAAAAACGUUACAAACAUCGGAAAAGCAGGUUUGUAUACACAAAACUUUUAGCAGUUCUUGGGAAGGCAAGGAAGCCCAGUGAAGCUCUUCGUAUUUUUAAUGUGAUGCGAGAAGAUGGCCAGAUAUAUCCUGAUAUGGCUGCAUACCACAGUAUUGCUGUGACACUCGGCCAAGCUGGUCUUCUAAAUGAGUUAAUGACCAUAGUUGAGUGUAUGAGGCAGAAACCUUCCAAAAGGAUUAAAAAUAUGAACCGCAGAAACUGGGAUCCAUGCUUGGAACCUGACAUCGUCAUAUAUAAUGCUGUGCUAAAUGCUUGUAUCCCAUCUCAUCAGUGGAAAGGAGUAUUUUGGGUGUUGGAGCAGAUAAGGUUUAGUGGUUUAAAGCCUACAGGAGCAACUUUUGGGUUAGCCAUGGAGGUGAUGCUGAGAGCGGGGAAACAUAAUUUUGUCCACAAUUUUUUCGAAAAGAUGCAAAAAAGUGGACUACCUCCAAAAGCUUUAACGUAUAAAGUUAUUGUGAGGACCUUUUGGGAAGAGGGUAAAGUAGAUGAAGCAGUUGAGGCAAUUAGGGAUAUGGAAAAGAGAGGAGUGGUUGGAGCAGCUUGUGUUUAUUACGAGCUAGCAUGUUGCCUUUGUAAUAAUGGGAGGUGGAAAGAUGCAAUGAUGGAGGUUGAGAAGCUGAAAAGUCUUCCUCUUACUAAACCACUGGAGGUAGCAUUCACUGGCAUGAUUCUGUCGUCAUUGGAUGGCGGAUACAUCUAUGACUGCAUUUCAAUUUUUGAACACAUGAAAGAUCACUGUGCUCCUAAUAUUGGAACUGUAAAUGCAAUGCUGAAAGUUUAUGGUCACAGUGAUAUGUUCGCAAAAGCAAAAGAACUGUUUGAAGCCACUAAGGCUACUGUUUCUAGUUUUAAAUCCUAUACUGGCAAUGAUUCAUCACUUGAGCUAGAUGCAUACUCAUACAGCUCUAUGCUUGAGGCAUCUGCUUCUGCACACCAAUGGGAAUACUUUGAGUAUGUGUACAAGGAGAUGGCCCUCUGUGGGUGCCAACUAGAUCAAAGAAAACACGCAUGGUUACUGGUUGAAGCAUCCAGACAUGGAAAGUGGCAUUUAUUGGAGCAUGCAUUUGAUAUGAUUCUGGAAGCUGGAGAAAUUCCUCAUGUAUCACUUUUCACUGAAAUGAUAUGUCAGACCAUUGGUCAACAAAAUUUCAAAAGUAUUGUAAGUCUCAUUAAUGGUAUGGCUUAUGCUUCAUUGAAAGUAAGUGAAAUUCAAUGGCUGAACCUCUUCCAGAUAAACAUGGAUAGAUUCAGCAAGGAUAAAUUGUGUGACCUAUUGAACCAUAUAAGUAGUUGUGAUCUUGUGAUAGAAGACCCUGUCCCGAAUUUUCUGAAAGCACUGCAAUCUUUCUGUGGCAUGAAAUUGUUGGACACCACUGUACUCACUGAUACCAGUGAUGUUUCAGCAGUAACUCCUGCUGUCACUGGUAAUGACGAGGGUGACAAUAAUUGUGACGAGAUUCAGGCUCAUAUUCCCGGUAAAAUGCUUAUGGAUGAUGAUGGCAGCCCGUUGUGUAGCCAGGAAGAUUCCCUCGUGUCAGAGAGACCUCUUGACCGAACUGAGGGAAGCCAUAGCAUGAGCAUUAGCUUGCAAGAAAGAGUUAAUAAUGUGGCAUCUAGCUCAUUUGCUGGGAAUGAAGGCAAUGAACUGCACUCAGUUUUUCAUGGCUGCACAGAGACCCCUAUAACUGAUGCAGCACUGAACUCACUAACAGCCGACACAGGCAGGCCUUUCUCAGAGUUGCCAUCGGCAUCAGAGAUACUGGAAACUUGGAAGCAAGACAGGUUGAAGGAUGGUAUAUUUCCAUUUCAAUGUUGAAUAUAAAGCUCGUUAUUUGGUGAUGAGGGAUGGUGUGAAUAGCGGCAAUGUUUCCUCCAAUAUCAACCACGGAUUAUCAUUUCAUGUAGGGUUUAUCUGAUCCUUUUUCAUACAACAAUUUGUUAACACUGUUUAUCUAUAUUCUGAUUAACCAAGCUUCUUAUGUAUUAUGAAAAUAUGAAGCUCCUUAUCAAAUGCCUUGUAAAUUGUUCUGUCAAGGAAUUUUUCAGACACUGAAAAUAUAUUUGAUUUGUUGCUGUCAUUUU